CUCGAACUGUAGCGUCUCUCCACAACGGGGCGUCCCUUCCAAGCCAUUGACUGAAUUUGCAACUAAUUCACCCGAAUAUGAAGUGGGACCCCGGACGCAGAAGCGGCUUGCGGGGUAGUUGAAAAUCCGUCCGUCACGGUGGACGAUGGAGAUGACUUCAUCACGGCGAACAAUGGGCCGAAGAACGACUGGCUUCCUCUCUAAAAUGCGUCCCGACAACUCAAGUUUCGGAGGAAGAUCCAAUCCACACUGUAAAGCACAAGGCUUGGAGAAUGGCAUCGCUCGCAGGAAAAGUUGUUUCCGUCACUGGCGCCGCCUCCGGAAUAGGCCUGGCAACGGCCAGAACCCUCUACGCCCGAGGGGCGCUGCUGGCAUUGUGCGAUGUGCGCAAGGAUGCGUUGGACCAGGCUAUCCCAGAGAUCACAGCUUCAGAACAAUCAUCCAGCAGAAGCAGAAUCACCACAUCGGCAGUGGACAUUCGCCACAGCAGCCAAGUCAACGAAUGGGUCCAGUCGACAAGAUCACACUAUGGCCGGAUAGAUGGCGCCGCUAAUGUUGCCGGCAUUCUGGGCAAAUCCUUUGGCGUCGGCGAUCUGACACAAAUAGACGACGAGGAGUUCGACAAGGUGACAAGCGUCAACCUGAAAGGCCUGUUCAAUUGCAUGCGCGCUCAACUAAAAGUUAUGAAGAGCGGAGCCAGCAUAGUCAAUGCCUCAAGUACGACGGGCUUGGAAGGGCACCCGAUGAACUCUGUUUACUCCGCGACGAAGCACGCAGUGAUCGGCUUGUCAAAGAGUGCAGCAGGCGAGUUUGGAGCACGCGGAAUACGCGUAAAUUGCGUUGCCCCGGGCAUCUUCGCAACACCAAUGGUAGGCUCCAUAGGGAAGUUGGACAAAGAUAACAUGUCGUCGGUUUUUGCACGAGUGCCGUUGAAUCGCAUGGGCGACCCUGCAGAGGCUGCAAAUGUGUUUUGUUUUCUUUUGAGCGACGAGUCCAGCUUCAUGACCGGCACAGCCACCGUCGUGGACGGCGGCAUGCUGUGCUAACUGGUCGGAUCACUACAGAAGUGCUCCAUUCAUUGGUAGAUAAAGAUUCUAUGGAGCCAGGGACGCAGACAAGUAUUGCAAUCACCCUGGACUCUUAUUGGACAAACCGCCGUCGAAAUCCAC